GUGCAAUUCAAAUAAAAAUGAAUUAAAGCGAGUGCCGGCGUGGGAAGGGCGGACGCGAGGGUGGUUUUUGCGUUGUUUGGGGAGCUGAGUUUUCAAGUACGCAGCAUACGUAGUUUUAUGGUUCGGGGCCCAGCGGCAUGUAUGAUGUGCUGCAUGCCGUUAAAACCUUACUUUUGGGUAGAGAGUUCCUAAUUUCCUUGGGGGCUUUUCUGUGAUAAUCCCCGCGUGAGUAUCUUGGUGCUUUAUAAAGUUAGAUGCGCAUCUGGUGGCGUUCCUGUUGAGGCGAAAACGUGUUCAAGGGGCGCAAGUGAAGCUGAGGUACGCAAGCUUGACGUGUCUGGCACGCCAGCUAAUUUUAGGUGAAAAUAGGGAAGGCCUGUGUCCGACUCGCCUGACAAAGCUUUCCUGGUCUUCAGGAAAGAGCAACGUGCUGAGCAGGAACGCCUCGUUUAUUUUGCCGUCUGAACAAGACAGGGUAUAAAUUCAGGGACCUGACCAUAGAAGAACUGAAGAAUGUUAACAAGACCUACCCAAACUUCGUAUUCUCCAUGAACACAUACACCUUCAAAGAUGGGUCCCAGAAAGACCUCCUGAAUUUUAGUGGCACUGUUCCAGUGAAAUACGGUAAUUCAUAUAACAUACCUAUUUGUCUAUGGAUUAUGGAUUCUCAUCCUUUUGCUCCUCCUAUUUGCUUCUUGAAGCCAACAGCGAACAUGGGAAUUUCAGUGGGAAAACACGUUGAUGCUCGUGGCAGGAUUUAUUUGCCCUACCUGCAAAGCUGGAGCCAUCCUAAAUCAACUGUCAUUGGAUUAAUCAAGGAGAUGAUUGCAAAAUUUGAGGAAGAGCUCCCUUUGUAUUCACUGUCAUCUUCUGAUGCAGCCAGGCAAUCCGAGCUCCUCUCUUACAUUGCGAAGAUUACAGAAGGAGAGACUGACAUGAAAUCAAAGGGUAAAAUUGGUGGUGACAAAGAUGAAUGUUUUAACAAAAUUACUGUGGUUGGAGCUGGAGAUCUUGGCAUGGCCUGUGUACUGGCAAUCGCAGCAAAGGGUGCUGCAGACAAGGUGGUUCUUUUGGAUGUUUCUGAAGGUGCAGCAAAAGGAGGAACCAUGGACUUGGAGAUAUUUUCUCUGCCAAAUGUAGAGAUCAGCAAAGACUUUUCUGCUUCAGCUAAUUCGAAAGUUGUGGUACUUACCGUUAACUCUCUGGGUAACGCUCAGACUUACCUUGAAGUCAUACAAAGCAAUGUGGAUCUGUUCAGAGGAAUUAUCCCAGCCAUAUCCCACUACAGUCAGAACUGUGUUCUGCUUGUUACUUCUCAUCCAGUUGAAAUAAUGACGUAUGUGUCAUGGAAGCUGAGCGCAUUUCCCAAAAGCAGAGUGGUUGGAAUAGGUGGCAAUCUGGAUACUGAGAGAUUUCAGUAUAUUCUCACAAACCUUUUGAAAGCACAGGUGCUGGGAAAAGAUGCUUGGAUUGUUGGUGAACAAGGGGAAGACAAAGUGCCUUCAUGGACCAGUAGUAAUUCAGCUGCAAACCAAAUUGAAACAAUGGCUGCUCGUAACUCGAGGGAAAAGGUGGCUAACAGAGCUUUGGAAGUUCUAAAGGGAAAAGGUCAGAGAUCUUGGUCUGUUGGGCUCUCAGUUGCUGAUUUGACUGACAGUAUACUGAAAGAUAAAAGAAAGGUGCAUUCUGUAUCCAUUCUGGCAAAGGGAUGUUGUAAUAUAAACAGUGAAGUAUUUUUAAGUCUGCCUUGUAUUCUGGGAACCAGUGGAGUGAUUGAAAUGAUGAAACUAGAAGAAGAUCCACUAGUGCUAGAGAAGCUGCAGAGCAGCGCAGCAUCAAUUCAUGACCUUCAGCAGCAACUGAAACUGUAAGCACAGGCGAAGUUAGGAUUUCUGCUCACAAAAGCUGGAGGUUUGCUAUGCAGAAGGUGUUGCCAAGUACAUAUGGAUUUCUGUGCAAAACAAUUUUAAAAUUUACUUUCAAAAGUGCUUCCUUUUCUUAAAGGUUUGGUUAAAUUAUAUAAUACAGGCUGCACUGUACAGCAGAAAAUUCUUACUUUAAAAGUGAACUUUUUGGUAGCCAAAAUGAGGAGAGUAAUGUGCAAGAAUGUUUACCUAAAUUUGGGUGACUUUUACCUGCAUUUUUUGUUGCUAGUUGUGGCCUCGUUCUUGGAUAAUAACCCAAAUUAGCUGUUUGCACCUCAUUAGGACACCGAUACUAGACCAGCAGCUUACCCAGCCUCUUGGAAACUUUCAUGUGCCGAGCCAGCUAGAACUCUUCCCCAUUUUUUGAGUUCUGCAUAAAGGGCUUGCCUAGAAUAUGGUCACAUUCCAGCUCGCCAGGGCAGCAGAGGCUGCAGUCUGGUAACUUGAUCUUUCAUGCCUAUCUUAGGCACUCUUAAUGUCAGUGGACUCCAUUCUUGCAUAUUCCUAGGGGAGAGGGAAAAAAAAAA